AUUGCCAAUCUGAUUGGUAACGGAUAUAUAUAUUUUUUUUAUUUUAAUUGAAAAUUUUAAAGUACCAUACAUUUCAAUUUAGCUGCAAUAAUAAUGUUUUAUAAUAUUUCUGUAUCAAUAUUGUUAUAAUUGUAUUAUUUUGAAAUUAUCAUGACUGACGAAAAGGACUACAGAUGUAUGAAAAUAAGCGGACACCUUGAAGCAGUGAGAUGGCAGUUAUGGCCACGAGACCACGUCUCCAGUUCAGGUUAUCUGGCUCUUGGAGACUGGACCAAGGACCCUUUCAUAUGGUUACAUUACAUAGAAAGUACCGAUGGAUUAUUCCUAAAAGACGACAUAUUAUUAAGUACGGACACACGGUAUUGGUCCAUUCAUGAUGUACAACGCUAUUUCUUCGGAGAGCAGCAUUGCGAAAAAGUUCUUUUCCCAUACCAAUAUCCUAAUAUAAGGAUGCCCACAACACUAGGCAACUAUUUCUGGAGAGCCAACACUGCAUUAAAACUACCUUCAACUUCGUAUCAGAAAGAAUUUAACCGGUCUUUGGAAGUAACCCUAAAGAAAAUGGAAGCAGAACAAGCACAAAUGGAUCGUAUGAUUAUUUGUGACCAGCUGAUUAAAAUUGAUCGUUUAGAUGAGUUCAAAAGAAAAACAUUUUUUCGUAUUCUAUUGAAUAUUUUAAGUUUUCAGGACAGGCUGCAACUUGUUUCCUUUGAAAAUUUAUGCUGCAAACGGUUAGAAGGAGUGCGAUUGAUCCAACAGCUCGCGUGCUUCAACUCUCAUUCACUCAAGUAUCUCUUCCUUUGGAGAUUUGUAUUACCCAAUGAAAAUCCGAUACUUAUCAACUACAGCUAUAUUACUGGCACGAUGGAUGUUUAUAUUGGAAAUUUAUUUUCCUAUUUCACUGAUGUAAUCUAUAUAAAAUUGAAUACACUAGUCAAUGACACUUCCUUGCGAUGAAAUGAAACCAUUGUACCAUCAACGUUGC